AUGAACCUGUUUCUUCGCACGAUACGUGCUCGCUGUGAUAGAAUCGUAAAUAACAAAUGUGCCUCUCUGUCGUUCGCCCAUCACGCCCCGUACACAACGAAAGUUCGGUGCGAGCUUGACCGGGUCACCGAACACGAGGUGACCGCGAACGGGCUGAAGCCUCGCAAGCACCGGGGACGCAUCAAGUGCAGCAACACUGCACUGCCACCGGAAAUACAGGAUGCGAUAGCCAAGUGUGCUAAAGAUUUUCCACUCAAAAGUUUGAUCAGCGAUGGGCGGCGGCUGUCGAAUUGUAUCCGCUCGCGACACUGGCUUCCCCUGGAUCCGCCCACCAGCGGGCGACGGAAGAAUACGGCCAGCGACCGAGUGCCGAUCAGUACCGAGCGGCAACCAUCGUCCGUUUUCGACAUGCACGACGAGUACAGCUGUCUCACGCAACUGGUGGGCCGAGCCGAUGCCGAGUAUGCGGUGCUGAAGCGUAUUUUCACCGAAAUUAAGCAGCGUGAUCCGGAGCUGCGGCCACGCAGUUUCCUCGACUUUGGUGCCGGUGUCGGCACAGGCACGUGGGCCGUGUCAGAGUUCUGGAAGGAGCAUUUGUAUGAAAUUAUGUCCGUCGACAAAUCCCGCCACAUGAACGAUCUGGCCGAGCUGGUGCUGCGCCACGGUGAUCCGAAUAAGGCCAUGAUGCUGCGCAACGUGUUCUACCGACAGUUUCUUCCGGCGAAUCCGAACCGAAAGUAUGACCUCGUGCUGAGCGCAUUCGCGCUGUUCGAUCAACCCACCACGAAGCGGCUUCUCGAACUCGUCGACCAGCUGUACGCCACCUUCGAUCGGUAUCUGAUCCUCGUAGAACAAGGAACGAACGCCGGCUUCCAGCUGUUGGAUGGUGUCCGUGAGCAUAUCGCACGGACCCACACCGGUGACGGUUCACACUUGUUUGCCCCCUGUCCGCACAGUUCGCCUUGCCCUCGGAUAGCGCAGAACGACGGGACUCCGUGCAACUUCGAAGCUACGUACAAGCACAGCUUUGUCCCGCCGAGCGGAAAACAGUUCGGUACCAUUCGGUACUCCUACCUGGUGUACACGAGAAAUCCUCCCAACAGCGCGCAACGUUUUCCGCGCCUGGUGCGUCCGACUGCGGUGCGUUCGAAGCAUUGCGUUUGCCACACUUGCAGUGCGGAUGGCGCACUGCGCGAUGCCACGUUCACAAAGUCGAAACAUGGCGAAACCAUUUACCGCUGCGCCAAAGCUAGCCGUUGGGGCGAUCUGUUGCCAAUGAACGUCCAGUGGGAUACCUCCGCGGGUGCGCCAAACGAGGACGAAAGUUAAACGCUUACCGGUCAACUUUCUCCCGUAGCACUUUAUCCUAGUUCCAGAGGGUCCGAAAGAACCUAGAAAAAAGAAUCGCAAUAAAAGCGUUGGCAGCAACGUU